CUGAUGCGGGAUGAGUCAGGCUGUGUGAUGCUGCUGGUGUUGCUGCCAUUUCAUCAGAGAAAUUUCCAAACAUUUCUCCAUCUUUAACACAUGGAAAUAAAAGGAUUUGGAUUAAUACAAUCACAUCGAUAACGCCGAACGGACGUCGAUUAUUCCAUAUUGACACCAAUUUACAAAAUUACGUAACAAUAAUAUAGCUCUACGACAUCCUUGCAAAAGAACAGCCGAAUCUAUCGUGGAAGCGGCGUGAUUUGUUUCUUCCUGUAUAGAAUUUUGAGAACGGACUGCAGUAUAAUUGAUCUGCUCGUUUUUGUUUUUAGUGCCAAUGAUGUUUGAUUAAUCUUAUGCUUUGUCGAAGACCAUUAGUUCAGAUUUUAUAUUCGAAAGAAAAGACUGUCCCUUCGGCAACAUGGAGUUUGCUGUUCUCGAGCUCUAAGAGAAAACCAUACACCGCUUGGGGGAGACAUGGAGGCGAUAUGGUUGUACCAGUUCCGACUGAUCGUGAUUGGAGACUCGACGGUGGGGAAGUCGUGCUUGAUCCGACGCUUCACCGAGGGACGCUUCGCCCAGGUGUCCGACCCAACUGUUGGGGUGGAUUUUUUUUCACGUCUGGUCGAGAUUGAGCCAGGAAAACGCAUUAAACUUCAGAUCUGGGACACUGCGGGACAGGAGCGAUUCAGGUCUAUCACCAGGGCCUACUACCGCAACUCGGUGGGCGGCCUCCUGCUCUUCGACAUCACCAACCGGCGCUCCUUCCAGAACGUGCACGAGUGGCUGGAGGAGGCGAGGAGCCACGUGCAGCCGCACGGCAUCGUCUUCCUGCUCGUGGGUCACAAGUGUGACCUGGAGGCGCAGCGGCAGGUGAGCCGGCAGGAGGCGGAGAAGCUGGCGGGCGCCUACGGCAUGCGCUACGUGGAGACCUCGGCCCGCGACGCCAUCAACGUGGAGAAGGCCUUCACGGACCUGACGCGCGACAUCUUCGAGCUGGUCAAGCGUGGGGACAUCACCAUCCAAGAGGGCUGGGAGGGGGUCAAGAGCGGCUUCGUGCCCAACGUGGUGCACUCCUCCGAGGAGGUGACCAAGAGCGACCGCCGGUGCCUCUGCUGAUCUUGCCGCUCCCCGCCCCGAUCCGUCCGAUGCCCCCCCUCACCGCUACGCUCACCUGCCUGUUGAUGUUCCUGUCGGCUGCUGCCUUGGCACUCCCCACCCACCCAGACAGCCCAAGCACUACUCAAGUUCAUCUUCAGUUCUGUGCACAGGGACCGUAAAACAUCUGCUUUAAGUCUCCCUGGACCCUGUUCCCCUUCUUGAUUGGGUAUUGCUUCUCAGUUCUCCCCCGUGAUUGGUUAUCCCUCUCCCAUUCUCCUCCUCCCAUCCAAUGAGGGAAUGGCACAUGUAAAGUAGAACUGUGCAAAGGAGGCGUUCCCUACACAAGGGCCAGUGUCGGGCUGACCGGGGUUGUGCACGUCAAUCAACACCCAGCCUGCUUUUUUACAAAUAACUUUUCCAUGCUGCUCUGGUGCCCUGGGCCAGAACCACGUUGGAGUGACGGAACUGGUCUUAAAAGAUUAGACUAGAGAAAACACUUCCCUGCUGUUCAGUACAUCUUAUUGACAGGAUAUUGGGAGCCUGUGCAGAAAGGGUAGGGUGAACAUGCACAAUAAGACACAGUUACCCAUAAUUCAUAGCAUCCAGGUCCUCAUUAAAUGCAUUACACACCCAGUAUGCUUUAGCUAUUUAGCUACGGGGAGCCAAUCAACACAAUAAUCAGUAUAUUACACCCAUUACUAUCUACAAAAUGAAGUGUUUUAAAAUAUAAAUACAAUAAUGUAGGGUAAAAGCCUACUGUAGUUUUCCAAAGUCAUCCAAAAAAAAUGUACAGUCGAAUUAUUGUAUAUUUUGCACUGAGCAUGUGCAGAAGAUCAGCUGAUUUGCUGUUCUGAAUAAACAGGGUGGAUGCACCCCACCCUAUUUACUCUCUGAUGCAGUAGAUGAUUCUGGUUGGAGGGGCUGCCGGCACUUGCCGCCUCCCGUUCUGGUUUAAAUGGUUUGCAGAGCAGCUGUCUGCUACAUGGUGCUUUUUUUUUGUGGAAAUGAGCGGCUGGCUGAGAGGUCUGGCCUGCGACGGGGAUCCACAGUGAGGCAGCUUUAACCCGAGUGCAUGACCUCCAGGCUGUAAUUGCUUAGGGUCUUAUCAGGCGUGCUAAGUGUGCAGAUUCACUCUGCCCACAUCUACUGAAUUAAUUACUGUUCCGCUCCCCCUUAACACUGAGAGUCACCAACACCCUCACAUAUUAGUUUCAGUACAGUCUGUUCACUCUCAUCCCUGCCAGUGUUGCUUAUCCCUGAUUGGUUGACCAGGUUUUCAUCAAUACUGCUCUCAUGUUCCAGCCAUCCAUCUUUCUUACACUGCACACCCAGAGCAGUGCCACGCGGCCUUUACCAGUACUACCGUAAUCACGACUACAUUUCAAAUGAACCAAUCAGGAGACCCCAUCCACCAGCCCAAUGCCAUUCCAAAGAAUAGCCUGCUUCGGGGUGUUUUGAGAGGACAAGCGGAUUGGAGGGGACUGGGCUAAAGGGAGCGACAUUUUUAUGACUUUUUAAGGUUUCAGGUGAGACUUCAGAUUUGACAGGGCAGGUGGGAGCGAAAAGACAAAAAAGUGACACCCCUGGAUUUUUUCAUCUGCCACUUGUCCCUUGGUGAAACAUUCCUGGACUUGGGACAAUACCAAGAUUCGGACCUGACAGCCCGGUGCCAUUCAGUUCGCAGUCCCGGGCUGGUGUUUAAGUUGGCCCAGCCAAGUACGUACUGGGUGGAUCCUGAAGACAUCACUGUCACACACCCUGCUAUGGUGAGAUAAGGCCAGAUAAAAGCUGACCCACCCCCCAACCCUACCUUCUGGUCUUCAUAGGACCACUGCCCCAUGUGGCG